UAAGUUAGAAUCGACGUUUUCGGUUAGUCCUGGUCCGUCUUUGUUAAGUUUAUAUGAUGAUUGUUUUAUAACAAUGGAUAACGUCACGAAUUUUCUAUGGGACGGCGAUGUAAACGAACUAAAAGACGAAGUUGAAAUUAAUCAUGACGUCACGGAAAUUUUUAACGAGCUUCACGGGAUUUCCAUUGAAGAGUUAGAGGUUGAACUUCGUAGGAAGGAGAAAGAAUUAUAUUUAUGUAGUCGACUCGGUUCGUUCCUCGCACAGGAGGUUGACGAGUUGGUGUCGCAACGUCGAGGGAUCGUGUCCGACCACACGAGGUUGCUCCUUGAAUUACAGGAAUAUCGAAGAUCAUCUCGAUCUUACCUGGAUGUUGCAUCUCGUGUCUCAACAUCCGAUCUUGAUGAUAAGAAGCGAACGGAUUCAGUUUCGGAUCUUCGACGACUUGAUCCUCCAUUUAUUCAGGAUGACGGAGUGAAAUCGUGCGAUAGUUUUGAUCUGAUGAGCAACUCCUCUUCUGCAUCGGCUGCUCAUGAUCUUCAAAGUGACGUGGAUGUUGUUCAUCGCGCUCAUGAUGUUAUUACUAAGUUGGAAGUUUCACUCGAUACAACUCGGGCAAAAUAUCGAUCUCUGAUGACAAAUUACUCGCACAAACUCAAGGACAUCUCACAAAGAUUGGGUUUCGUGCGUUAACAGAGCUCGUCCGUAUUUUGAAGCUGUUAGAAAAUCAAAGAAGUGUCAAGUAGAAACCCAGCAAGCAGCCAUGGAAUACAAGAGAGCUGUUAACCUACAGAAAGCUGCUCGUGACAUGGUACGCGUGGCUGAAGAGAGGGUGAUGAAAGCAACUAAUAAGUUGGAUCCAACGUGGCAGGAGAUGUUAAACCAAGCUAAUAUGAAGGUAAAUGAAGCAGCUCAAGAAAAGCAAAGAGUUCAAAGAAUUCACGCCCAAUCGGCAAAAAUCUUUCAAAUUGCCGACACUAAGAAAAUGGACUUCCAGCUGAAACUACAGAAAUAUAUCAUCAAGUCAAAACCUUAUUUCUCCAUGCAGUCUGAGUUUCAAGACAAGCUAGAGUCGACAACGAAGAAGUUGAACUCGCUCGAGUUGAAACUGAUGGAGGCUCGUCAGAAUUACAACAUCGCCCUUAAGCGGUUACGGAGGUCAGGGAUGGAUUACGGGGGUGGCAAGACAUUGUUGGAGCGAGGUAUGGGGGUCGGGGCCGAAACCCCGCAUAAUUUACCCCAAUCUGCUGGGGGGUUACUGCAUAAACCCGCGCUCGACUUCCUGGAAAAGGAGGCAUCACAUUCUCAACCAGAUGGCGAGUCAAAGGAGAAUGUACAAGCCGCGACAGUUGACGCUGAGCUUGGCACGACGCUUGACACUGAAGUUGACACUGUGAUUGGCACGCACAAGCGGACCAAGUUACAUUACAACCCCUACGAUCUGUUGUAUUUGACAGAUAUAGGUUCGGAUUCUACCAGCAACAUUGGUAGUGAUGAAGAAAAUGAUUAUAUUCAAGAUUUCUGAUCAAAAUAUCAAGUACAAAGGUGGGUGUGUAAAGGAAACCAUGACUUUAACAUGACCCUUGCAAUCCAAUAUGUGACACAGGAAUUUUCACAAAUGGUAAUAUCUAUACAUUAUAUCAAUUGCCAAUGAUUUCUUCUCCUUAAAUAAGUUAUUUGGCAACUUCUGUAGGUUUUAACCUUUUUUGACAAAUUUAUUGCAUUCGAAAUCGUUAUAAAUAGUUUCAAAGUCUUCCUAAAUGCUAAAAGACAAACUCGUAGAUUAUUGCAGCCUUUAUUGAAGCAGUCUUCCAAUUGAAUCUUGCCUUCAUUAUCCUUGCCUACCCCCUACAAUGCACUUACAAUAUUAAGGUACCACGUCAGAUACACUGUCAAUUAGGGCUUUAUCAAAGCAUAUUUUAACAAAAUAAAUCUUUAAUUUCAAAGCUGACAGGGUGGUUAGAAAGUGUGUAUCUAGCUUCUGCCUGCUUUCAAUUCUAUACCACCACAAACCAGCUUUGGGUUUUAUGUUUUCACAAAACACCUGAAUAAAUUGUAUUUUUUCACUUUUCGCCAAAUGUUGGUAAACACAAGCCUUUUAAGUUUGCAAAUUGUAAAUAAGCCUCAAAUUAUUCACUCCUAGUAUAAAUACAGAACAUCAAAACACAACCACCAAGGAUUCCUUCUCAUGCUACACCCAUUUUAAUGUUCAAUAUAAAAUUUGCAUAUUUUUCUUGAGAAAACACACUCAUAGAAAUUAGAAAACACACAACUUAUAGAGAAGUUUUCCAUCUUAAGACUUUUUUGCACUUUACCCAAUUACUCCCCAAAAGAUUCUGUAACCCAGUUUUAAUAACCCCUGGUUACCCCAUUAUUGUGACCCACAUAUUUCAUUGUUUGCUCAUAAUAACAAUGCUGUGAAGUCUUUCCUGAUUGGCCACUUUCACCCAUUGUUUAAUUGUCUUCCCAUUAUGACAUCACAAUACUUUGCACCUCCAUUUACUGCAGUAUUAAAAUAACGCUUCUUAUAAUUCGUUAAACCUGCAGUUUCUUUCUGUUUAUAAUAUUUUUAAAGACGUCUCAGUUAUUAUAUUACAAUAAUACACAUUACUUUAUAUUAUUGUUAUUACAUAAUGUAUUGUAUUCUUGCAUUUUAGUAAAUAUUUUAAGUAAUUGGUUUAUCAUAAACUAGUUUUCAG